AGCGCACGCCUGUGGGCGAUGCGUAUGUCUUGAACUGUGAUGGCUCUUUUUAUCACUUUUGUAAAUUUAACAUUUUUAUGAUAUUUAUGUGCUUAGUUUCCUUGGUAGUGUAAUUUUAUUUUAAUUUACUUAAUACGUUUAACAAAAAUGGCGAAUCAACCCAAUAAAAUCGUGUACAAGCUUGUGCUCACUGGUGGGCCUUGCGGCGGGAAAACUACUGGACAGUCCCGACUUAGCACAUUUUUCGAGAACUUGGGAUGGAAGGUGUUCCGGGUGCCGGAAACGGCUACCGUCCUUCUCAGUGGUGGCAUCAAAUUUGGCGAUCUCACCCCAGAUGAAGAACAGCCAAUGAGUGUUUCAGCCGAGAUGUGCAGCAGUGAUUGCUUAAGAUGCACUGCAGCAGCGGUGGCCCAGACCAGCCGUGGGCAGCGUGCUAGCCAGUUCCAGGAGAAUCUCCUGAAGACGAUGAUUCAAAUUGAGAAUACUUUCUUCGAACUAGGUAGGACGUCCACGAGGAAUUGCCUUAUCAUCUGUGAUAGAGGAGCCAUGGAUGCCAGUGCAUUUAUACCAAAAGAGGAAUGGGAGGCUAUAAUGGGAAAAAGCAACUGGAAUAGCGUCGAAUUGCGGGAUAACAGAUAUAAUCAAAUUGUCCAUAUGGUGUCUGCUGCAAAUGGCGCUGAAGAUUUCUAUUCCACAGAGGACCAUGCCUGCCGCUCAGAAGGCGUCGGGCUGGCCCGAGAUUUGGACUACAAAGCUGCAUCCGCCUGGAUCGGUCACCCUUACUUCGACGUGAUCGACAAUUCCACAGAUUUCGAAAAAAAGAUUAACCGGCUCAUCGCUUGCGUCUGCCAGCGGAUCGGUAUCGACACCGGCGACCGCCUCAAUAUCAACGCGAAGAAACGGAAGUUCCUCGUCAAGAGCCCUCUCGUUCCAGACUCGGAGUUCCCGCCGUUUCAGGACUUCGACGUCGUUCACAAUUACUUGCACAGUGAUAUCCGAAAAGCCCAAGUGCGGCUUCGGAAACGAGGGCAGAAGGGUCACUGGUCUUACAUUCAUACACUAAGGAAGUUCCACCCGAGCAAUGGACAAUCUGUGGAAGUGCGCACUCAACUCACGCAUAGGGAUUACCUCAAUUUGUUACCGCAAAGGGACGAUGCACAUUUUACCAUCUACAAGAAACGCCGCUGCUUCAUCUACAACAAUCAGUAUUACCAGCUUGACAUUUACAGGCAGCCAACUCAUCCCAGAUGCCGGGGGUUGGUGCUUCUGGAAACAUACAGUGCAGCGUAUGACGACGAUCAGUUACUGGCAACAUUGCCCCAGUUCUUGAUAAUCGUUAAGGAAGUGACAGGAGAUCCCGCAUUCUCGAUGUAUAACCUGUCUCUAAAAGAAGAUUGGAAGACUUCAAAGAAGUAUUAUUCUGGCGCCGAUACUAAUGGGCAGACCAAGUUUUUGAAUGGUCAUGGUGGUGACAAAGUAAAUGGUCAUGCUAAAAUGAAUGGCCAUGGAGGUGAGAAAGGGAAUGGAUGCAUUGAGAACAAUGAUUACGACGGCGACAUGAACGGGCACGCCGCGAAGGUCAAUGCACACGCGAGCAACGGGGUAUUCCACACCGACUCGGACAUGAUGCCAAACGGUUCCAUCAAGGGGUAUAGUAUGGAUCUCGAAACACCAAAGAUGCCCAAGAAGGUCGCUCUUAAGAUUUAAAACAUAUUUAUAUACACCCACUUAACUAGAGUUACGAUUUUAUAAAAUUCCACUUUGUAAUGUUUCAAUUUACACGAAAUUGUUUGUAAAACUACUUCUAAGGUUGAGAGAACUUAAUAUGAAAUCAUACAAUAUAUCAUCGCGAAUCUGCUGAGAAGGCUAUUUGUAAACGCUGUAUCAUAUUUUUAUCUAUGCCAUAUUUUAAUGUAUAAAUUGCCAAAAGAAAUCUAUUUUUAUAGUAUUCUUUGAGUGUUAAAUAUUUUACAUAAUUAUAAACACAUCUGUGUACUAUACACCAAUUUUUGUGGUAAAAUGUAAAUAAUUCACAAAUGAAUUAUAGGGGAUUAUUUAAUUAUUGUUUGUGCCUUCUGUAAUGUUGUAUAUUUGAAUGUGGGGAUAUGUUUAAUAUUAGUGAUUUAACACGUAUUUCACCUCCACAUCUGUCAUAGUAUUUAAUAAAUUGCAAUAUCAAGUAAUUAAUAUUGUUGCUGUAUCGUAGAUUCGACUUUAGUGUAAUGAAUUAGGUUCUAUUAUCGUAACACGAUAGCAUUUUCUUAAUAGACUUGAUUGUGUUAAAAAAAUGAAAUAUAUUUAUUGAAUCCUUGAAUAGAGAUAAUGAACUUUUAAAUAAUUGAAAAUUUGUCUUAAAAAAUAUGAUUUUUAGAAUUUUAACUCUUUGAAUGUCUUGAUGUUGUAACGUCGACGUAGAUUCACAUUAUGUUUAGGGUCCGUAGUGGAUGAACGUCAACAUGGGUACAAAGUUGAUAAAUAUGGUCCCCCAUUUUGCCUUGUAGCUUGUACUAAGUUUGUAUUGAUAAACUUUCAAGUUUAGUGUAGUAAUUGAUGUCGCCACGUCUACUUAUUAUCAAAGGAAACUAGGGCUAAGAGGUGUAUCCUCAACUCUAAAAAAUAAAAGUAAUUUCCAAAAGUAUUUAAGCCAUCAUUAGUAUAAUUUAGUAUGUUACUAAGAGGAUUUACAUAUAAAAAAGACGGUCUAUACUUAAUAGCUAUGCUUUGGCAAGUGUCCAUGGUAGCGUCUGUAAUGGCUGUGCUAUUAUAAUUUAACAACAAGCUUGGGGCUUAGCAUUGGCAAUAAACAUGUCAUGAAAAAGAAGCCAGUUGCACAAUCAAUUGAAAUAUUCAUUAAGCGCGUAAUUUAUGGAAAUUGCCCCUGUUCGCCAUUGUUUGGCUACAAUGUUGCAUCUAGUUGCCAAUUUGCCCUACUGUCAUAUGAUAGUUAACUGCUUAAGUAUUAUGCAAUUUCAAAAAUGUAUAUCUAAGCAUUUUGCAACUUGGCGAGAAGAUCGAAAUUGCAUGUCUGUUCUCUGCAUUGUUUUUUAAUAUAUAAAACAUGCAAGUGCUAUAUUAUUUUUUAUUUGAACCCUU